ACGGAUUGCGAAACGUCUCACGUAUCAGGAGUAUCUCGUGUGUCACUAACUGCCGAGCCAUGCGAAAGAAACGAAGAAUUUCCAUAGAUACGCAAACGGUGAAGAUGGAGAUUGAGCCGAAAUUUACAUUUGUGCCACUAAGUGAAAAAAAAUAUGUUGGAAUCGACGAUAAAAAUAUUCAAGAGUAUCUCUGCAAAUGGGGCUUGAAGGGUAACUUUGUUAUUCAGAAUUUUUCAUUCAAUGAACCAUUUCAACAUUAUCACAAGUAUCAGUUGGUUGAUGCUUUCUUUAAAGAUGAUUCUGUCGCAAAAGUAAUAUUAUCAAAACAAGGUGAUGCUUGGGUAAGACAAGGUAUACAAGCAUCAAGCGUAGAGAUAAAACAAGUGCCUUGCACAGUUUUAAAUAUGACAUUUUUUAACAAACUAAAAGACCCAAGUAAUGGGAUAACAUAUAGUUCAGGAACAAUCAGCAAAAGAUAUGAUACACAAGUGGAAGACUUUCUGAUAUCUGACAAUCUUCGUGGUAUGCUCUUGGAUGAAGAUUCAGAAGAAUACAAUUUGUAUGCGGAGGACGAGAGGAAGGAAUUCGUGUUCCGAAUUUUUCAAAUGCUCGUUCUUGGUGGAACGUUGUGUCAAUUUGAAGACACGCUACAGCCAUACCUGGACGUUACUAAAAGUAUUUACAAAGAUCUCGUAAGGGUACAGAAGAACAAUACUUCGAAUGAUUUGUUCAUAAGCACUUUGGUGUUGGAAGUAAUCGCAAAAGAUAGCAAAGGUCAAGAAUAUUUUCCAUGUAAUACCAGUAAUAGGCAAAAUAUCGCAUUUCUAUUAAUACACGCCAAUUCUCGCGAAAUUACAACUUUCGUGCACCAAUAUGGUGGAUAUUGUUUCACGUAAUAUGUAAGAUUAUGUUAUACACAGGACAUAUUUAAUUUCUCAUGUUAAGUCAUUAUUUUGUUUGUGUAUAAAAGUUCUCAAUCGCUGAAGUCUUAAAAAUAAGGAACAAUAAAGUUCUAAAUACGGGAUUCGCACGAUAAAACCAAUAAUGCUUUUCAUAUUUCAUACAAGAUAAUUUAUUUAAUUAUAAAUUAAUAAUU